AAAAUGAAACGUCACUUAGUCAAAUAGUCACUUCUGUUCUGACAAGUCUCUGUGCUACUGAGCUGUGUGUAUGGAUUUGCGGAAUUGAGAUUGAUUAAAAUUUAUGGAAUCUUUUAUUAUUAAGGUGCUUCAUGAUAGUGAAAUGUUACGGAAACAUUCAUAUUCAGAUUGAGGGAAUAGAUUGACCUCCAGUUUCACAAAAUGAUUGGAGGCUUAUUUGUCUACAACCACAAGGGAGAAGUCCUCAUCUCCAGAGUGUAUAGAGAUGAUAUUGGUAGAAAUGCUGUUGAUGCUUUUCGGGUUAAUGUUAUACAUGCAAGACAGCAAGUCAGAUCACCUGUUACUAAUAUAGCUCGUACCUCUUUUUUCCAUAUCAAGAGAGCCAAUAUAUGGAUUGCAGCAGUAACAAAGCAAAAUGUUAAUGCUGCUAUGGUCUUUGAGUUCCUCCUCAAAAUCAUUGAGGUUAUGCAGUCUUAUUUUGGGAAAAUUUCUGAAGAAAAUAUCAAGAAUAACUUUGUGCUGAUCUAUGAACUACUUGAUGCUUCAACUAAUAAUGAAUACUAUUUGACACUAUUAGACAUUUAUCUCAGUUUUGAUAAUAAACUGAACUCAAAUUUAAUUCAACUACAACUUUCAGAAAUUCUUGAUUUUGGGUAUCCCCAGAAUACUGAUACUGGUGUGUUGAAAACAUUCAUCACUCAACAAGGUAUCAAAUCUGCCACUAAAGAGGAACAAGCUCAGAUCACCUCUCAAGUUACUGGGCAAAUUGGGUGGCGUAGGGAAGGCAUAAAAUACCGGCGAAAUGAACUGUUUCUUGAUGUUUUGGAAUAUGUAAACUUGUUGAUGUCACCUCAAGGUCAAGUGCUCUCUGCUCAUGUGGCUGGUAAAGUAGUGAUGAAAUCUUACUUAUCUGGAAUGCCGGAAUGCAAAUUCGGGAUAAACGAUAAGAUUGUUAUGGAGGCCAAAGGCAAAGGCAGUCUGGGCACUACUUCUGAUCCAGAUCCGGCUAGGUCUGGAAAACCAGUCGUGGUUAUUGAUGAUUGCCAGUUCCACCAAUGUGUGAAACUCAGUAAAUUUGAAACAGAACAUUCCAUUAGCUUUAUUCCUCCUGAUGGAGAAUUUGAACUCAUGAGAUACAGAACAACAAAAGACAUAUCGCUGCCCUUCAGGGUGAUACCCUUGGUUCGUGAAGUUGGCCGUACAAAAAUGGAAGUCAAAGUUGUUCUGAAGAGCAACUUCAAGCCCUCGCUCUUAGGCCAGAAAAUCGAGGUGAAAAUUCCAACACCGCUGAACACGUCUGGGGUUCAGUUGAUCUGCCUGAAGGGCAAGGCUAAAUAUAAGGCAUCUGAAAAUGCCAUAGUAUGGAAAAUCAAAAGAAUGGCAGGAAUGAAAGAAACCCAACUCUCCGCCGAGAUCGAGCUUCUGGAAACUGACACGAAAAAGAAGUGGACUCGCCCGCCCAUCUCUAUGAACUUUGAAGUACCGUUCGCCCCAUCUGGAUUCAAAGUGAGGUAUUUGAAGGUGUUUGAACCGAAGCUCAACUAUUCCGAUCAUGAUGUCAUCAAGUGGGUCAGAUACAUCGGCAGGAGCGGACUCUACGAGACUAGAUGUUGAAUAUCUUAUAGGCUAUCGAAUA